AUGUAUUUUAAUAGACUCUCAUCACCUGAUUCGCAUUGUCGACCAACAUCACAAAUAAACAAACAAGAACGACAAUCAUUACCACGAAAUCAAGUUUUUGGUGAUACAGUUGUUGAUUCAUUUCUUGCUUCAUCCUCGACUAUAGCUCAAUCAUCAAUCGAUAUUUCACGACCAGAUGUACCAAAACUACUUGCAUCACCAACAAAACGUUAUGUUUCUUCAUUUAAAACACUUGUUAGUUCAACAAAUAGCCAACAAACACAACGAUUAAGUAAUCUCAAUGAUAAUGUUAUGAUUCUUAAAUUACCUAAAGAACAUACAAAUAAUAGUUCUAUUACUGGUUCACCACUAUCAAGUAAACAUUCAACUCUAUCAAUGGUAACAACAGCAACAAUUAUGUCUACUAAAUCACAGCAAAAUUUUUCUCCGUCAAAAUUAAGUCCAAUAUUAAAAGUAGAAGGACAAAAACGUCGAACUGUAAAUCAUGAUUCUUCAAUAAUUGUUUCAUCCACGUCUGACGUACCUACUGGCUCUAGCCCAGCAAAUCAAAUGGCCAUGAGUACUAGUGGUCAUCCUCAAACGAAUUCAUCUGUAUUCACUUAUCGAAGUGCAGCAGCAGGUGGAAAUACAAUUCGACAAAGAACAAUAGCUGAAACAACACCAAAUAGUUUAUUAAUAACAACUGACAGGUUUAAAUCAAAUAUAUCUUCAUCCAUACGCCCAACACGACAAUUAUUGCCAACAACAACAUUAUCAUCUACGUAUAUGUCAUCUCAACAAACGCAACGAAAUAAUAAUCAAAAUAUAAAAUCUCGUUUACAAUCAGAGAAAUUCAUAAAUUCUAGAGAAAUUUAUGAAUAUCCCGAUCCAUUUACUAAUUGUCCUCAAGAUAUAUUAAAUAAAUUAUCACAACUUACUAAACUUCAACUAGAAACAAUUGAAUGGGAAAAGAAAAAACGAUUUACAAAGAAGAAGCCAGUAACCAAUGGUACUGUUCAAGGCAAAGAUAGUCCAUAA